CAGCCUUUCAGCCUCCCUGACAUCCACAGCGAGAAGUGAUGCAGCGCGACUGAGACGCGCAGUUGAGGUGGAACAACGGGCAACAAAAGCUGCAGUGAACGGAUACACUCGGCUCCGACGUGCGCCUCCACAACCCGGGGAAAAAAUAUCCUCCUAGAAUAAACUUCAUUAUAAGGUGCUGUUUGCCGCCUCAUGUGAGUCAGAGGAGCCUUUCCUGCUUCAGUAGAUUACAGCAUGUGGACUGAUCCGAUACUCUGACCAAAAACCACUGGACACAGACCACUGAGGGGGGGGGAGAAGACAGAAGGUUGUGGUAGUGUGGCCAUGGAUAGAAGGAAAGUUUACGUAUUGAUGGUGCUGUGGGUCAUGGCCCACCUCAGCUCUCCAGGGUGCGGGCUCAGGGCCCUGCGGAGGACUACAGGGGGGCGGAAGGGGUCCACGGGGCUGACGGGAGAGGACGCCAAUGGAGUGCCGCUGAGACGCUCCAAACGAGGUUGGAUGUGGAACCAGUUCUUUUUGUUGGAGGAGUACACCGGGACAGACAUGCAGUAUGUCGGAAAGCUUCACUCAGAUUCAGAUCGAGGAGAUGGAAGUGUGAGGUACGUCCUCACAGGGGAGGGAGCGGGGACUCUCUUCAAGAUCGAUGAGAAGUCAGGGGACAUCCACGCCACCAAGAGGCUGGACCGAGAGGAGAAGGCCUACUACAUCCUCCACGCCAAAGCUGUCAACCGCUUCACCAACGAGGCACUGGAGGGUCAGUCUGAGUUUAUCAUCAAGAUCCACGACAUCAACGACAACGAGCCUCGAUUUACCAAGGACCCGUACAUGGCCUCGGUCCCUGAAAUGUCUGACAUCGGCACCUCCGUAAUUCAGGUGACAGCCACAGACGCAGACGACGCCACGUAUGGGAACAGCGCCAAGGUGGUGUACAGCAUUCUGGAGGGGCAGCCGUACUUCUCUGUGGACCCAGAAACCGGCCUCAUCAAGACAGCCCUGCCUGGCAUGGACAGAGAAGUGAAAGAAAACUACCAGGUUGUGAUCCAGGCUAAAGACAUGGCAGGACAGAUGGGUGGGCUCUCAGGCACCACGACAGUCAGCAUCACCCUCUCCGACGUGAACGACAACCCGCCACGCUUCACGAAGACCCUCUAUGAGUUCAGAGUGCCCGAGUCCAAUGAGGUCGGGUCUGCGGUGGGAGUGAUCCGGGCCAUGGAUGCUGACAUCGGCGAGAACGCAGAGAUGGACUACAGGAUCAUUGGAAGCGACGGCCCCGGGAUGUUUGACAUCACCACCAACAGGAGCACACAGGAGGGCGUCAUCUUGCUGAGGAAGCCUCUGGACUUUGAGAGGAAGCGUCAGUACAGUCUCCGUGUUCAAGUGGAGAAUGCCCACAUCAACCCCCGCUUCUUCUCCGUGGGCCCCUUCAGGGACGAGGCCACCAUCAAGAUUAUUGUUGAGGACGUGGACGAGCCACCGGUGUUUGAGCGUGCCAGCUACGUCAUGGAGGUCAAAGAGGAUGCAGCCAAGAACACCAUUAUUGGCUCUGUCAGCGCGUCCGAUCCUGAUGACAAAAACAGUCUUGUCAGGUACUCUAUUGAUCGACGCACAGACAUGGACAGAGUGUUCAACGUCCAUUCAGGCAACGGGUCAGUCUUCAUCCUCAGGGAGCUCGACAGAGAAGAGAACGCCUGGCACAACAUUUCCGUCAUCGCCACAGAGUUCAACAACCCGCGCCAGAUCAGCCGUGUGCCUGUGUAUGUCAGAGUGCUGGAUGUCAAUGACAACGCUCCAACAUUUGCCACCAAUUACGAGACAUUUGUGUGUGAGAACGCCAAAGCUAAUCAGAGGAUACAAACCAUAAACGCCACAGAUCCUGACGAGCCACUCGGAGGACACCGGUUCUUCUUCAGUCUUGCACAAGAGGCUGCCGGGAAUGCCAACUUCUCUGUCCGCGAUAACAAAGACAACACGGCCUGGAUCCUGACACGGAGGAACAGCUACAACAGUCUGCACAAGAGCAUCUACCACGUGCCUGUGGUCAUUUCUGAUGGAGAGUUCCCGAUGCAAAGCAGCACCAACACCCUGACCAUCAGAGUGUGCACCUGCGACCGCGAGGGAAACAUGAAGCUGUGCAACGCCGAGGCGCUCACAGCGAGGGCGGGACUCAGCACGGGAGCCCUGGUGGCCAUUUUACUUUGUGUCAUCAUUCUGCUCAUGAUCGUGGUGCUGUUUGCAGCCCUGAGGAGACAGAGGAAGAAGGAGCCUCUGAUCAUCUCCAAAGAGGAUGUCAGAGACAACGUUGUCAGCUACAAUGACGAAGGGGGUGGAGAGGAGGACACUCAGGCCUUUGAUAUUGGCACGCUGCGCAACCCAGAGGCCAUCGAGGAGAGCAAGCAGCGGAGGGACAUUGUCCCCGAGACCUUCUAUCCUCCAGUUCGACGGCCGGUUCUGCCCCCGACCCGGGACAAUAACGGGGACGUGAGGGACUUCAUCAACCAGAGGCUCCAGGACAACGACAGUGACCCAACGGCGCCGCCUUACGACUCCCUGGCCACCUACGCCUACGAGGGAAAUGGCUCCGUAGCAGAGUCCCUCAGCUCACUCGAGUCGGUGACCACCGAGGGUGACCAGGACUACAACUACCUGAGCGAGUGGGGACCUCGAUUUAAGAAACUAGCGGACAUGUACGGGGGCGACGACAGCGACAGGGAUUCCUAACGAGAGCCUGGCACACAGACAAGGAGAGAAAAGUGAAACAAAACACGUUCAAAACUUGUGGGCAAUCCUGGUGCAUGUGUGGCGAGAAAAAUGGCAAAAGGACCGAAAAACGAGCACAGUGCUCUUCCACCGCCACCGCUCACCAUUCAGUUGUCCCUCCGGCGACCAGACGUAGGCUUUGUGUGUCCAGUCAGUGUUAGUUGCGUUUUUGCCAGGGUGCAGUGAAAAGAGACUUUGUGUCAAGACUUUUUUUGUGUGUAUAUGGGGUGUACAUGAGGCCCAAAUAUAUCUAUACCGAUACUUUUCUUUUUUGUUUUUCCAAAGCUGCGUGUGAUGGACACGUUCAACAAGCAGUUUUGUAAACCAACAGAUAUGCCUAUGUAUUUUUCAGUGUUUCUGGGACAAAAACAUGCUGCAUAUUGUGAGUUCUAUCUUAGCUUGUGUACGUACGGUAAUAUGAUACAAUACGCUGUACAGUUGUUUUGUUUUUCUAGGGAUUUCUAUCGUCCAAAUGAUCCCCUCUUCCAGCGAUGUCUGCCUCACAUUAGCCACUUAUCCACAGUUGUGCUCGAGACAGACUCACCAGAAAAUUAUGGUAUUGUCGUCUCUGAUGAGAAAAUGAGAAAUCUCAGUACACAUUGGGUGGGGAAGGUACGCAUCGAUAAAUUUGCGUCAGCCGUGGCCCGUUGCUGUCGACAAGUGGCUAAUGAUAUUUAACACUUACAUGAAGCUGUGGUAAAGAAUGUGGAUUUUACGGCCAUGAAAAACAUCCACAAACACACCAGUUAGUCAUCUCUGCAGUAUCUGAUUUUCAUCUCCACACAGCUUCGAGCAUUCGCUGUGAGGUGAACCAAAUACCAAAUAUUUCCUUAUUGAGCUGAAUGUCUUCAGAAACAUUUUUCUCUGUGCUGCCAGCUCUUUGGCUGAAAAAUGAAGUGCACAGAAUAGUGUUAUUUGCUAAGAUACACUGAUAAAAAUUCUAAUGUGCGCCAGGCUGAGUUGGAGGAAAAUACUGGUCUUGUUGGACUUUUUUGCUCGACCACAGAAAUGUGUAAAUGAUUCACUCUGUACAGCAUGGUGUAAGUCAAAGUCACAUUAACUCCCGGUGCUGAAAUGAUGCCACUGAGCUUGAAACUGCGACAUCAAAUUAGACUAGGUGAAACAUCUCGUGGACAGUUACCAUUAAAACUGAUCAUGCAAUUUUAUUUUCUUCCCUGAAAUGGCUCAUUUUAUCGGUUCAGGUGAUGAAAAAAAAAAACAGGAAAAUGAGCAUUUGAAUCAAUGCAUCGAUGAUACUUCAAUUGGAAUUUAUAGAAGAAUUAUACACACAUUUAUAAACUUGGACUCUCUCCAUCUGUAAAGCUUUUAUACUUUAUGUGACAAAGCAUCAACGUCUAUGAUGUAAAUCAAAAGCCUUAAAAUGUGAGAACAAAUAACGCAAUGAGAAAUGACCUAAAGUCUUCUUGAUUUGGGGGUCAGAUUCUUGUCACAAUCAUAAAAAAGCAUCCAGAAGCAUCUAAAAUAAGAGUGGUCCUUCCUUCUCAGAUGUAAUCUACAUGUGUUUGAUGAAGACUUAGUGUCCUGAGAGGGGCUCUGCUCUGCACAGUCGAAUGUAUAAUAAUGUAACAUAGCGGUUUAGUAAUGGAAAUGUGCCAAAAAGCAUAAAAACACCAGUAUUUUCCUUUAAAGUCCCUCCAAUUUCACACUGUCCCCUACCCUUCAUUACAUGUACUGUAUGUAGUUUUGAACAUGAAGCCAGUCCGAAGUGUUCGCCGGCCUGAUUUCCUGAGGGACGAACAGCCUUUUCCAUAAAGGGGCUUAUCAAGGGGCACCUGACCUUUGAGUGGUGUGGAAUAAGGUUCUUAAACCCAGAAGUGUGUCCUUGGCUCAAAAGGUCAAAACAUUAUCCUGCAGCAAGAACACAAACAAUUUUAAUGUGAUUUUUCAAAACAAAAUAAAAAAGCAAUAUUAUCAAAUUACUUGAAGACCUCCUAACUCUGAAUAAACAGUUCUGGAAUAAACGGGGCUUGCUGAACUUGGAGGGCAGGAUGAUAAAGAAGAAAGCUAAAACAAGCUCUGCCCUCACUCACAAAAGGCCAACCUGAGAAGAGGCUGACAUUUAUCAGACAUUUGAAACAGUAAUAACAAAACACAAUGGUAUAAUUGCAACAGUGGCACACGUUUUCUCUCUGUACCCUGAAUCAGGCUUGACAGCGACGACUGUGCAGUGCAUUAAAUAAUCCAAUUGAUAACACAGUGGUUGGAAAAUUUCUUUACGCUCAGCUGUUGUAUACACAUGUUCUCCUUUUCGCCCCCUUGUUUUGUUUAUUAGCUUGUUGCUGGAGCUCCCAUUGUGCAAGUGGCCAUUUCAGACUGCGGCAAUGUUGCCAUGAUAAGCAUUUAAUGGGUUUAGAAACCCUUCACUCGAAGAAAAAACUGCUUUUCUGCCUCAAGGUACAGUGUGAGGUCUCAAAUGGAAAUCAACAUGACAGCAGCACUCAAAAAGCAUUUCUUCCUUCAGUCUUCACUAUUUUCCGUCUUCAUUCAGGGUGUCAGCAUAUCGCCAUUACGAAGACGUGCUUGUGUUUUCCUAUGGAGAGUAUAAUUGCCUCCAAGCAUUGGCGCCAUGCUCCGCUAAGAUAACAGAAAGUGUUUGCACAUCGUAACGUACCGCACCGCCACUUCUGUUUUUUUUUUGUUUUUUUUUAAGUUGAGGCAACUAGAUGGUGACGCUCUCUUUUCUCCAGACACAAUAGAUCUGUGGUUGUUGAUGUGUAGACACGGUCGGCCCCGGGGCUCACCUCUACUACGGUAUAUUAUGUUGGUGACUGUGAUUGAGCAGUGGAGUUUUGUCAAUGUAGAAACAAUUUGAGAGGUCGUGGUAGUGUAAGGGGCCCUACAUCAUUGGCCAUUCAUCAAUCUGCUUUGUAAAACGUGAUAUUUUGUACUGAAUAUUUAUAUGACACGAUUAAAUAUCUUUAAAA